AUGUCAGAUUCCGAGCAGACUAGCAGUGGUACCGCGUCAAGUGGAUCUAAAAUGAAAGAUUUUAAUCAAAGAUUUCGGGAUCUCCACAAAAUGCGACAGAAAGCUCGAAAAGAAAACCAUGCGCAGGUUGUUGAAGAAGAUCGCCGUAAGAAAUUACCGAAAAACUUUGAAGCGAAAAAGGAGCGGGACCAAUGGCAGGUGAAGGAGUUGCAAGAUCGAAAAGAAGCGGAAGACAAAGGAUUGGAUUACGAGAGAGUACGAAGUCUGGAAAUGUCUGCAGAUGUUACAGAGAAGCUUGAACAAAAAAGGAAAAGAAAGAAGAAUCCAGAUCAGGGAUUCGCUUCUUAUGAAGAUAUGACGCUGCGUCAACACACUCGUCUGACUGCAGCGCUGGAUCCCGAUCUGGAGUCAUAUAAGAAAAUGAAGGAAUGUGUCGGAGGUGAUCAGUUCUACCCCACAGCGGACACUCUUAUUCAUGGAAACCAUUACCCAACAACAUCUGCUAUGGAUCGGUUGGUGAAAGAUGUCCAUGGCCAAGUCAAAAGAAGAGAGCAGUAUCAUCGUCGACGACUCUACGAUCCAGAUGCCCCGAUCGAUUAUAUCAAUGAGAAAAACAAAAAGUUCAACAAAAAGUUGGACAAGUAUUAUGGCAAAUACACAGAAGAUAUCAAGGAUGAUUUGGAAAGAGGAACAGCCAUCUAA